AUGUCUACAGCAUCUGAUCAGCAACUUUCUCUACAACGACUCAAUUUAAUUACUAACGCACCAACAACUUAUCUACCACUAACAAGACUUUAUAAACAAAAUAAUCAUAAAAGAUUAUCAUGGGAGGUAGUGCUUUCUUUAAACAUAAAACAUAAAAAAGUUUCUUACUUUAUGCAUCAUAGAAGUUCAUUUAAGCCAAAGCAGUAUCAAUUUAGCCCUGCUAAUAAACCUUCAAGUAGAAGGAAACCUGGUCCAACACGACAGCUUUUUGUAAAAGAUAAAGUGCCUACUCGAGAAGAAACAUUAAGUUUUGCACAUCCUCAUUUUACUGGAGAUUUUGUUUAUGUUGAAAGUAUUGGCGGUUCUAUCUCUUUUGUUUCUAAAGAUUACUGUGGAGCUUCUUCAAAUUGUUCUAUCACUGAAGGUUGCAAUGUUGCAAGAAGAUUCACUCCCUGUUUUAUUGCACUUUUUGAUAUAGGUUUUAAUGUUCAAGAUUUAUUUCUAUCGAGGCAGGUAAAAGCUGUAAUUCCACCAUUUUUACGAAGUAAGCGACAGUGCAUACCCUCUGAAGCGUAUCAUUGCAAGCGCAUAGCAUGUGCAAGAAUAUACAUUGAGUGUGUCAUUGAAAAGCUGAAAAAAUUUUAA